AUGGCGUGGUUGUCGAUAAAACCGCAAUCAAUUCCUCCAACUAACCUUUCUGCUGUGUACGUUGCUGAUGGUACCAUAAUGGCGACAUUAAACCCUCGGGACACAUCAAGAAUUGAUGGAUACUAUUUGGAAGUAUGUGACGAGGGGAGUCUUAACACAUAUUCCAAGGAAUACCUUCCACUAUUCAAAUAUCGCGCAGUUACAACUAUAUUCCUGUUCUUAAUACCCAAACCAAGUACAACUUACAUGUUUACGUUGACAACAAUUUUCAGCGGAGACGAAAGCAUAUCGAAUGGCUCAUCUAAGACAACUGUCACCACUGCCUCGGCUAUAUACAAAGAAAAGGGUGCUCAACAAAGACUGUUGCUUCCAAAGCCGCCAAGCGAUAAGAUAUCAACCAUAAAUUUCAAUAGAGGAACACUUUUCAAAUACAUUCUUGGCGAAAUAGAUGGUGACAGCAUAACUACGAAUGGUGUAGCUGUACGUCUGACAUCAACACAUGCUGAAUUGACAAUUGAUUCUCUGGACACAUCACAUGCUGGAUACUACUACACCAAGAUGAUAAGUGGAAACAACGUACUUGGAGGAGAGUUUUUGGUAGUUACUGACAAACCCUCACAGCCAAUCAUUAUUGCUUCAAAUCAGUCACCAUUCCUCAACAGCUCUGUGACAUUGAGGUGCGCAUCCAGCUCACAAAGUAAACCUGACAACCAUGGACUGGUUUUAACAUCUUCUUGGAAAAGUAAUGGAAGUUUUGUUAACCAAAGUCAGUUAUAUGUUAACAACACUAGUCUUAUUAUAAAUGAAGUACGAUUAGACAGCCAGUAUACCAGAUACACGUGUGUGACUGAGGAGACUGGGAAGAAUUAUACUGGACUACCAUCAGAGGAAAGUCAGGAAUUCCAACUUACACCUCGCUAUGGACCUCAGUUUAUUAGGAUAGAGGGCACUGAGGGUCGGUCUCCAUUGAUCUGGGGCGAUGUGUACGGUCCUGUGGUCUGUAAAACAGACUGUAACCCACCUUGUGUCAUGGAGUGGUGGAGACAAGGCGCCUCACUGAUGUCGCCACGUGGUACAACAGAUAACCAGCUGGAAUUGAGGGACAGCAGUCUCCCCAAAACAAGGGAGAUAACUUAUACCUGUAAAGCACGACUGCCGAGUAAUGCAGGUUUCAUUGCACCAACAAUGGAAAAGAACGUAACAGUUAAAGUUCAUUUUAAACCUCAAGUCAAGACGGUGAUGUACCUGGAUGAAAAUGAUACAUAUCAACGAGUCAGAACAAAUGAAAUCAGACUCUCAAAAAAUCGCAAUUUGGUGCUUAGUGUUGACGUCGACAGCAACCCAUAUCCUAAGGAAAUUGAUCUGCACAACCAGAAAAUAGUGAAGGCUGGUGUAGGUACUGAUAUCCCUGGGAGAUAUAGAGUUGAAUUAGGUAAUCUUCAGUGUAAAGACACAGGAACGUAUGGCGUCAGUGCAGCAAACAACGUCACUGAGAAUAGAGGUAAUGGCAACCGCAAUGUGUGGCAGUUUGGACUUCAAGUCAGUUGUACGCCACAAAUAUCUGAAUCUGCCAACAAUGUAUUUGAACUGGCAGGGAGAAAGGAUCGCACCAUUCCACUCAAUGUGACAGUGACCGCAAACCCAAAGCCGACUGGUCAAUGGUCCGAUGGUGUGAGGACCCUUCCUGUUCUACAAGAAAACAAUUAUACAUAUACUGUCAGAGGUGAUGUCAAGGUCAUGUCCGUGAACGACUACCGAAAAUAUCAUGUUUACAUCACCAACGGUAUACAGGGGACAUUGACUGUCACAUUCCAGAUCUAUCCUGAAGAUGUACCUGAAAUACCGGUCGACUUUAAUUCGUCAGAAGUAGGAUCUGAUUUUAUCAAAGUCACAUGGACAUCCGGAUUUAACGGUGGAAGUCCACAGAUGUUCCAUGUCGAUUUAAUGGCAAUGGGUAAAGAAUGGGUAACAGAAAUACUGAAUGUCUCAGACGAUGACCAGGGAUCAAUAAUGGCAGCCACACUUGAGAAUCUAACUCCUUCCACUGACUACACCAUCAGAAUCAAUGUUUCAAACAAAGUAGGAAGGGUAUCCACAAUGAUAAGUGUCCAGACUCUUGGCUUACCUGAUAUACCAGUCGACUUUCGGGCAUCAAAUGUAGGAUCAGAUUAUAUCAAAGUCGCAUGGACAUCAGGAUUCAACGGCGGAAGUCCACAGCUAUUCCAAGUCACUGUAAUGGCAAUAUGUAAUGAAUGGGUUACCGACACGUUUAAUAUAUCUGAUGAGGGCCCGGGAGUACUGAUGACUCACACACUUGAGAGCAUGGUUCCUUCCACAUACUACGUCAUCAGGCUCAAUGUUUUCAACAAAAUCGGAACGGGAGAUUCUUCGGAGAUAAGUGUACGGACGAUUGAGCUAUCGACACCAAAAUUUUUUACUGUUGUCAUCUUUGGGAUAGUCAUUGUCCUUCUUCUCUUUGUUAUCGGAAUCCUCGUCGGCGUGGUCAUAAGGCUGAAACGGAAUAAAACAGAUGGCACUGCAAGAACAGAAGUUGUAGCCUCAAAUGCCGAUGCGAGAAACAUCAAUGUAGUGAAACCCCGCAGAGGUGGCAUCACUGGUGAAAAAGUUGAAGGACAUGCCGGUGCCAGAACUGUUAACAUAUCACAACCAUCCAGAGGUGCUGCUGCAGAUUGUGAAGCUAUAGCUACAGACGAGGACGGGUACAUGAUCAUGUUAGAUAUACCCGAAGACGACAGAGGCUACAUACCCAUGUCAAAAAUACCCAAAGAUAACGAUUCUCUCAACUCAGAUGACGAAGUUUACAUACCUAUGUCAGAAAUACCCAAAGGUGGUGCUUCAAAUCAGGAAUCCCUAGCAACAGAUGACAAAGGGCACACACUCGUGUCAACAACACCCAAGGCAGGUGGUGCUUCAAAUCAGGAAUCCCUGGCUACAGAUGGAAAAGGGUACACUGUCGUUUCAAAAACUGCUAAAGGUGGUGCCGCAAAUCAAGGGUCCCUAACCAAAGACGACAAAGGUUACACUCUCCUGUCAAAAACACCCAAAGACAAAAAUCCACUUUACGAUGAUAUUGCUCCAGCAAAAUCCGAUGAAGGAAAGUCAAAAGCCUAAACGGUUCAAAGAAUGAGCUAUGGAGACAGUGAUCGAGCUACAUCUGGUGAAAGUAUCCAAAACCAGCACCAUCAUAGGGGAACAGUGUAUUGUACCAGCGAGUGAUAUAUCCAUGUGCGAUGGAAUCAAGAACAAAGAAAAUAAAAUAUAUCACUCUAGAAAACAUUGAUGAUAUAAAGUGUUAUCAUUUCCAUGUGGCGUUGAUGUUAUACGUAAAACAAGCAAGUCUAGUUCAUCUACAUUGACGUCGAAGUCAAUACGACAAAGGAAACGACGACAGUCUCAUGACAGAACGCAAUACGUCCUCGUUAACUUUCUAAAGAAUGUACAAACCAAGAGUAAAAAAGAUGACAUCCUUGA